AUGGCUAAAGUGGCUAUAAUCUUUUACUCGACCUUUGGUCAUAUUGAAAAACUCUCCAAAGUUGUACAGGAGGGUGUUCUUUCUGCUGGCGGAAAAGCUGAUAUUUACCGAGUAGAGGAAACUUUGUCUGAGGAUGCUCUUUUGAAAUUAGGUGCUCCUGCAACAUCUACUGAAAUCCCAGUUGCAGGCAAAGAUGUGUUGGAGGAUUAUGACGCUUUCCUAUUUGGCGUACCGACAAGAUUUGGGAACGUGCCUGCAGAAUGGUCCACUUUUUGGGACCAAACGGGGAGUCUAUGGGUCAACGGCACUUUGAAUGGUAAACCGGCCGGCCUGUUUGUCAGCACUGCAAGCUAUGGUGGCGGUCAGGAGAGCACAAUAUCAAAUUGCUUGAAUUACUUGGUGCACCAUGGAAUGAUUUAUAUUCCACUUGGGUACAAGAACGUUUUCCCGGAGUUGAGCAACAUUGAAGAGAUUAACGGAGGCACGGCUUGGGGUUCCGGUACGCUGGUUGGAUCGGACGGUUUCAGGGCGGCAAGUAAACAAGAACUUAAGGUUGCAAAGAUACAGGGUCAAACGUUUUAUAACACAAUCAAGUGUUUGUACGCUUCAGAAACGCCUUAA